AUGGCUCGCGGCAAUGCUGCGCCAUCCAAAACGGGCAAUAGACGGAGACACCGAGGAAUGCGGCAAUCGGUCAUGAGUCUAGCCUUACUGUCCGCCAUGCCCUCGCUCUCAACGGCACAACAAGGGGGACAAUGCGUUGCUCUCAAGGGUUCCAAACUUUGCCCUGCCUUUGAUGCUGCUUCCGUGUCUACAGAUAAAUCUGUGCUCGGCACCUACCCGUUCCUACAAUACGUAUCCGAUGUCGACUCCUUUGACAAGCAAUUAAACAGCUACAUUCAGACAGAUUAUGUCCAAUCUCGAUUUGAGGGCCGAUUUGGAUGUGGUGGCGUCGACCUUCGCAAUUCAAGUAACAUGUACGCCCGAUGGACUACCACUGUUGUCUGCAGCUCCCUGGUCCAAAUGUCUGUCGCCCCCUGCAGUCUGUCAACCAGUGUCUCGAAGCCACUGUGCGCCGAUUCUUGCGCCGAAUUUGCCCAGAGUGAAGCCGCCAUCACAUCGAACAGCAAUCUCUGCAGCAGCCCGAGACGAGAUCUUGAUGACUUGAUUCGAGCCGACUACACCGUUUGUGGCUUGCCCGUCAAAUCUCUGGCCGGCGACUGCAUCCCGGCUUCUCAGAACGAAGCCGAAAACUGCGGUUUUGGAUCCAGCACACUCGGGCUCUGCGGCUACUGCGGCGCCGGAGGCACCAACUCGACCGACACCUGCUGCUAUAACUCCAAGGCUGAAUCACGCUGCGAAGGUGUCAGACUCCCGUCCAUCACAGCUUCCCUCCCUCUCACCUCUUCGACUCCAACAUCUACGAGUUCCAGCCCGACUUCGACUUCCACCAGCGACCCCAACGGUGGCGGCGCAUCUCAACACAACCGCCUCAGUGGAGGCGCCAUUGCAGGCAUCGUGAUUGGAUCUCUUGUCGGUGUCGCUUUAUUGGCACUGCUUCUUUUCUUCUGCCUGCGCCUGUUCCGUCGACGCAGAGCUGACAGCAGCCAAGCGGGCAGCAUAUUCAACCAACCUUCUCCGGCGAGAAAAAUCACUCCUGCCAUGGCCCAACAAAGUCAAGGCGCGCCUCAAGGAUAUGAAGUUCUUCCAGGUGGCCGUAUCGCGCGCAUGUCGGCCCUGGAAGGCCACUCCGGUGGCUCUCCAUCCCAGCACAACAAAAGUCUUUCAACAACUGGAGCUGCGCGUCGGCCCGACAGUAGAAAGGCCACGGAUCAGUCCUCAUCAGACGAAUUUGUCGACAGCCCCGAAUUCGAACACCGCGACACUGGAUUGCGACCGCCACCCAUGACUGCUAGGAGACAUGGGUCGCUCUCUAGUGGCUCUGUCCUGGGCAGCGACGGCCAGAUGUCGCCCCUUAGCGCAGGGUACUCCUCGCCGCAGGGUUUUGGCAGCCAGCAGUCUGAGCAAUUACCCUUCUUCAAGGACUACUACUCGCAAGACGACAUUCAUCCUGGCAACAAGGUGGCCGUCUUGUGGGCCUACUCACCCCGCGCCGGCGACGAAUUUGCACUAGAGAGGGGUGACAUGAUCAAGGUCGUUGGCAUCUGGGACGAUGGCUGGGCCACUGGUCACAUGCAAGAACAGCGUGCCGAGGAAUGGGAAGCUGCACGAGCUGCGCAGAGAGACAGCGGCGUCUCCAAUCCCUCGAUACGUGAUGACAGCCAGAGUCCACCUGCACCGUCAACAUCCGAGUUAAAGGCCUUUCCUCUUGUCUGUGUCUGCCUACCACAACAUUGGCGCAAGACGAUUGAGGGAGACGGCUCGACAGAUUCGGGCUCCGUUGGAUCUCCUGCUGGCCAGGUGCGGUAA